AAUUAAUAAGAAGGACCACAGCAAGUGAGAAAUGCCCCCCAAAGACCGGGUGCAAUCAUGGAAGAGAGUGGGAGGGCUACUCUCAAUAGGGUGAGACUGUCAGAGAAGGUCAAGGUUUGGGGAGAAUCCAGGAGCAGGAGGAAGAUAGAGAAAGCGCUUUCGGGGUGGAGGAAGGAGCUAGUGGGAGGACCACGUGGUUGAAGCAGAAAUGGGCAGUGUUCUGUGAUGAAGUUGGAGAAUUGGCAGAACCUUUUUGCCCAAGGCAAGGGUUUGGCUUUUGUGUUACCAAAGGAUUCUAAGAAGGGUAGUGACCUGACCUGAUUUACAUUUUUUUUUUAAAUCACUCUGGUUGGGCUGGGGUGGUAGGUCAGUGGUACAGUCCUUGCCUAGCUUGCCUAGCGGGCACUUGGCGAGGCACUGGGUUUGAUUCUCAGCACCACAAGUAAGUUCCAUUGACAACUAAAAAAAUAAUUUAAAAAAAUCAUACUGGCUGCUGAAUCGAGAAUGGCUGCUGUUGAAAGGUUGUUGCCUUAGGCCAAGGGAGAGGUGACCAUAGUGUUGAAAGGGCCCUCACUGUGGAAAUGAAGAGAAUUAGGUUGGGUAGUAUUUUUGAAGCUUGCAGGACUUCCUUCAGAAUUGGAUGUGAAGUGUCUGGGAGACGGGGAACCAGGGAUCACUCCCAAAGUGAAAACAGUUUGGAAAAGAAUGUUAUGGGUUCUCCUGAACAGAGCUAAGUAUGAAAACUCUGUUAACAAUUCAGAUGAAGAUGUUGAGAGAAGCCAGAUAUUCAAGUUAGGAGGAAAGUAGUAUUGGAGAUAAAAAAUAUAUGUGUGUGGGGAGGGGGGUCUAUUCCUAGAUCACUUAGGAAGAGGGUAGAGAUAAAAGAGAAAGAUUCCCAUACUCUUUGGGCUUAUAACAUUUAGAGAUUACCCAGAGAGGGAGAGAUCAGUAAAGGAGACUCUUAAUAUGGACAAGACCUCAAAGAUAAAAGAAGUCCCCCUUAAUAUACUGGAGUAAUGGGACCCACCCUCAUGAUGUGAGAUGAAUCCUCAAAGGUCUGGUUCAAAUCCUUCCUUCCUUCUGCUCCCAGCUGUCAGUGCUUUUGGACUUAUGCACAGACAAAGCAUGGCAUAGAUACAAGAGGCCUCACUGUUCCUUCUGUAUUUCCUCUUAUUCAGAUGACAACAGCAACACGACAAGAAGUUCUUGGCCUCUAUCGCCGCAUUUUCAGGCUCGCAAGGAAAUGGCAGGCAGCAUCAGGGCAGAUGGAGGACACCAUCAAAGAAAAGCAGUACAUACUCAACGAAGCCAGAACACUGUUCCAGAAAAACAAAAACCUCACAGACAGAGACCUGAUUAAACAGUGUAUAGACGAAUGCACGGCCAGAAUUGAAAUUGGACUGCAUUACCAGAUUCCUUACCCAAGGCCUAUUCAUCUGCCUCCAAUGGGCCUCACCCCACUACGAGGCCGGGGACUUCGAACCCAGGAGAAACUGAGAAAACUUUCCAAACCAGUGUAUCUCAAGUCUCAUGAUGAAGUUUCCUAACCAGAAGACAGCUUGUUUCCAAGAAUGAUGAGCCAUUUCAGUUUUGAGUGGAAGUCAGAAUACAUCACUCUUCUUCACCUUGAUUAGGGACAAAACCCCAAGUACCUUCUUCGGACCUCCACAGCUGAUCCUUACCCAUAAUGGGUGUCUCUACAUCCAAGGGUUCGUUUGGGUCUUGCUGCCUGAGCAGAUGACAACCCUAGAGGUCAGUGAAGUCAAACAGAUGAGAGGAAAGCUGAAGGUGGUAGAACUUUUCUUGGGAAUGCCGUUUGCCACCCCUCGGCUGGCACACGGAAUCAGUGGUAGACGUUCUUCUGGCUAUUCCAAAAGUACGACCUCCCUCAAAAUAUGUUUUUAAAAGUAGACUUUUUGUACUGGCAGUUGACCCAGGGGUGUUUUACCACUGAGCUACCUCCCCAGGCGCACCUCCCCCUUAACUCCCUGCUUUCGAUUUUGAGACAGGGUCUUGCUAAAUCGCUGAGGCUGGCCUAAAAUUUGUGAUCCUUCCACAUCAGCCUCUUGAGUCACUGGGAUUACAGGCGUGUGCCACUACACCCAGCAAGCAGUUACAGAUUUGCUUAAAAGUGGGUUGUUUCUGUGAGCUUUUUUAUGACCUGUGACCCUUCCAAUUUCCAGAUGAACUCGCCUUAAAAAGUACAUCUUUAGACUGAUUGUGGUGUUUCAUGGAAAUUUCAUGACACCCAUUCCCCCUCCCCAAACACCAAAGUGCAUGCCUUAGUUAAAUGCAUGUGUUUAUUUUUGUGUUGUGGGGGGCACGGUACUGGGGAUAAAACCCCAGGCAUUCUUCCACUGAGCCUCAUCUCCAGCCAUUUUUAUUUUUUAUUUUGAGACAUGAUCUCACUAAACUGCAGAGGCUGGCCUUGAGCUUGCGUUUUUCCUGCCUCCACCUCCUAAGGCACUUUGAUUGCAGGCAUGUUUACCUUCUCUUAAAACCCGUGAUUACCUAAGAUGCACUUGGGAUCUGAAAGCUUACUAGAAAUUCAUCCUGCAUUCAUUGAGUAUUUGACUUUAACAUAAUUGAAUAGUACAAAGUCUGAAAUGGCUUUCAAGUAUGUCUAAGCAGAAAUAAGACAAACAGGAUGACACAAAGGAUUUACACCUUGUGUGGAGUCAGGUGAGAGUCCAUGUGAAGUCACUUGUGUAUCACUGUCAUUCUCUGUUACUGACAAAGAGAGUCGGCAUCACCAAUAAAGACAAGU